ACACGCCCUAGUCAAAAAUUUUCCAUAUCGUUACACCGAAUUCACUAGCGGAACAUGUACGACCUUCAAAUACAUACAAAUAGUAUCUUCUUCCAUCGCAAUAACAAUAAUAUAUUGUAUAACGAAUGAUAUUAUUCGGUAAAAUCGCGCGUUCGUGGUUAAAAAAAAAUUCAUUUGAUUUACGCCUUCAAUUAAAAAUAAUUAUCUAUUGAAUCAAAAUUCGCGGAUCCGCUCUGUUUGAUUCAAUUAAAAAUAAUUAUCUAUUGAAUCAAAAUUCGCGGAUCCGCUCUGUUUGAAUAAUUUUUUUGGGUGUGUUUCUCGUGCACUAUAAGAACAAGUAUUACAAUAUGGAAAAUACUCGCGAAGUUGUAGGAACUUCGGAUGAUGGGACAAUAUCGUAUGUUAUUGUAACCGAAGACCUAUCAGAAAAUGUUACACGAAUCCUGGAGGAAGGAUUUUAUCCAUUCGAAUGCGUAAGUAUCGCUUCAAAUGUUUCAAAAAAUCCGAAAGCUGUCGCCGAAUUGAAUACACUUACAACAGAAUGUAUAAAAGAGGGAGUUUCCGUAGCAGCAAUUGAUAAUCAAACCAACAAAGUGAUCGGUGUCUCGGUAAAUAAAAUACAAGUAAACGAUCCGAACCAGGAGGAAACAUUUUUCGAUAAAUUUACUCGAGAGAAUUGUAAAGAGAAGGAAUCCGCGGCUUUGAUGAAUACCAUGGUUUAUUGCGACUCUUCUAUAAAUCUAUUUCAACAUCUGAAAGUAAACAAAAUAAUGGAAUUGAUAUUCAUCUGUGUAACGCCAAGUCAUCGUAAACGAGGAGUUGGAGUUGAUUUGGUCAAGUUCGACUUGAAAUUACUGGAUAAAUUAUCACAAGAUGAAGAUGGUCCGAAAGCUGCGUCUGCUCUGUUGACCUCUACUUAUUCGCAGCGUAUCGGAGAGAAAUUGGAUUUUGAAAUCUUGCUAACUAUCAGUUACAAUACGUUUAUGUACGAUGGGGUCAAAUUUUCUAAUAAAAUUGACAAACAGCAUAAAGGGAUCAAGUUAGCGGUGAAAAAAUGCACUGCUAAAGAUGACGAAUUCGUAGAAGUUUGCCCUAGAAUUUGAAAAUUUAACCAAGGAAGAUGUCGAUUCAUUGUGUAGUUUAUCAUGUUCAUAAUUAGAUUAAAAUAUCACUAAGUUGUUAGUUUAAAAUAAAUUUAAUUCAACAAAA